GCCCGGAGCUGAGGACCGGGCUGAUGAGCGGAAUGGCCCUUGUCAGAGAUUAGUGGCCCUGGGAGGGUUGUGGGCGGGGGCCCCCGGCGCUGGAGCCUUGUGAUUAAUCUCUCCUGGGUGCCGAGCAUCUCUGGAAGGAGCAGGAACUGCAGGUGCUUGUGGCUCUAAUAUGUUGCCGCGCUCAGUUCGGUCAGUGUGGAAGAGCCUUGGAUAGCGGAGCCAAAAGGACAUAAAGGCCUGGAUUUCUGAAGGCGUUACCCCAGCCGCGGUGGCACCAUGUCUGUCAUGAUGGUGAGGAAGAAGGUGACUCGUAAGUGGGAGAAGCUUCCCGGGAAGAAUACGUUCUGCUGCGACGGCCGGGUGAUGAUGGCGAGACAGAAAGGCAUCUUCUACCUGACGCUCAUACUCAUCCUGGGGACCUGUUCACUCUUCUUUGCUUUUGAAUGUCGCUAUUUGGCCGUGCAGCUCUCGCCGGCGAUCCCAGUGUUUGCAGCGAUCCUCUUCCUCUUCUCCAUAGCCACGUUAUUACGGACCAGUUUCAGUGACCCCGGAGUAAUACCUCGAGCGCUGCCGGAUGAAGCGGCUUUUAUUGAAAUGGAGAUCGAGGCAGCCAAUGGGAAUGUGCCGCAGGGUCAGAGGCCGCCGCCUCGCAUUAAAAACGUUCAGAUCAACAAUCAGAUUGUGAAGCUGAAAUACUGCUACACCUGCAAGAUCUUCCGCCCGCCUCGUGCCUCUCACUGCAGCAUCUGCGACAACUGUGUCGAGCGAUUCGACCACCACUGCCCGUGGGUGGGGAACUGCGUCGGGAAGAGGAACUACCGCUACUUCUUCCUCUUCAUCCUGUCGCUGUCCCUGCUGACCAUCUACAUCUUCACCUUCAACAUCGUCUACGUCACGCUGAAUUCUUUAAAAAUUGGCUUCCUGAACACGCUGAAGGAAAGUCCGGGAACUGUGCUGGAAGUCCUCAUCUGCUUCUUCACGCUCUGGUCUGUGGUGGGAUUAACUGGAUUCCACACGUUCCUGGUGUCUCUGAACCAGACAACCAAUGAAGAUAUUAAAGGAUCCUGGACUGGUAAAAACCGUGUACAAAACCCAUACAGCCACGGUAACCUGAUGAAAAAUUGCUGUGAAGUGUUAUGCAGUCCUGUUCAGCCAAGCGUGCUGGAUAGACGAGGAAUCCUCCAGGAGCCGCCGAGUCUUCCGGGACAGUCUGGACAAGAAAACGGCAGCACACAGCGAGAUUCUGUGGCUUCUGUUCCUUUGAUGCCUAAUGAACCUCCAGCUAAGCCUUCGCCCUCAGACGUCCAAACAGAUCCCAAUGCUCUAGAAAUGGCCGUUCAGGUCCCCAAAGAGUCAGAUGGAAAGUAGAAGACAGAGAAGAAGAUGAAUUGAAGAUUUCUCUGUGAAAAGAAGAAAAUGAGACAAAUCCAUGGAACAUGACGGCGUGACAGCUGGCCCUCUACGCCAUUUUUCUUUAGUAUUUGCUUGUGUUAAUUAUGAAGGUGACGUCUUGUGAGAUGGAAAUUCAUCUUUAUCCGUCUGGAAGAAAGUGCUCAAUGAAGACAAAAGCAAAUAAUAUAAAAGACUUCAGGUGCUAGUGAAACAUGCCAAUGACAUUACCUGUGAGCGCUAGGUGCCUGGAAGCCGCCUCGCCAGGCCGCGGCACAGGUCGUGUCUCCACUAUGGAGCUGGUUCUUCAGUCUUGUACCUACAACCGUAUUAUGCAUCCCCUUGACAAACGGAGGACAAUCUCUAUGUGGACAAAGCAGGACAAUAUGGGGUCCUUCCAUAGGGGCAACUGGGUGUCACACGACUGGCACCUUACCUAAAAAUAUGCAUUGCUUUUUAUUUUAUUUGCCAAGCCUAGGACUGGAAGGACGAAGCUUCUGGUAAAGCCGAUAAUGUGUCUGUCCCGGAGGCCACGAACAAUUGUGAAUAAGUCAGUUCUGACAACAUGGACUCUUUCCAUUGAAGUUCAAAAACCCUAAAACGGACGACCCGUCUUUGACUCCCCAAAGUUGUAGUCCUAGCGCACCACCCGCAUCUUCCGCUCCAUUUACCCGUCAUGACGUAGAUGUUGUUCAUGUGGUGUGAGGUCAUUCUUAUCCAUUUGCGAGCUCAUUCAGAUUUUGUGGUCUUGCAGUUAACCUAAUGAUACUUCAGGGGUUCAGUAGGUGCCCCCCCCCCCCCCCAAUGUCUGUCUGUUUGUUUUGUUUUUUUAAUUUUAGUAAUUGAGGGCAUUUGGGACGUCUUCUGAAGUGCAAAGAAUUUCCUGCUGCUGCUCUUUGACUCCUGUUUUAGGACUUUACAGAGUGUUAAAAUAAUGGAAUAAUUUUUUUAAUAAUUUAUUUGUUUAUACAGUGAUUUAUUUUUUGUUUUAUUUCCUAUUUAAUUUUUUUAUUUUUUUUUGAACUCCCGGUAGAAUAGAUUUCCGGACACCUGAAGAGUAUUUAAGAUUUGUGAUGCCUGCCUGUUGAUUUCCCUUCACUCAGAAAUAAAAUGCUAUGUUUUUCAUUUCGGGA